AUGUUGAGAGAGAACGACGAGUCCCUCCCGCUGACCUCGGCGACCCCGGGCUCUCCGCACGUCACGGUGGGCCCGGCGUCGUCGGCGUCCCGGCGUCGGCCGAGCGCUCCCACGUCCCCCCCCCCCUACUUCGGCGGUGUACGCGGGAGAAAUCUACAACCUUUCAUUAAGGCAAGAGGUUUCUGGGAAAGACAUGCCAGAUUGUUCAAGAACAUCAUGUUGGGCCUGUUAUGUGUUGCUUAUGCUGCUUACUUCCUGGCAGCUUGCAUCCUGGAUUUCCAGAGGGCACUGGCUUUGUUUGUCAUCACCUGCCUAGUAAUAUUUAUCCUGGUUUCUCACUUUCUAAAAAAGUUCUUUGGUAAAAAUUUAACAAGAUAUCUGAAGCCCUUUAAAAACCCCCACCUAAGACGCUGGAUGAAAUGGGGGUUCUCAGGACUCUCAGUGGUUGGCCUCAUCCUGUGGUUAGCUCUUGACACCGCUCAAAGGCCGGAACAGCUAAUCUCCUUUGCAGGAAUUUGUAUGUUCAUCCUCAUCCUGUUUGUCUGCUCCAAACACCACAGUGCAGUGUCCUGGAGAACGGUGUUUUGGGGCUUGGGUCUUCAAUUUGUCUUUGGGAUCGUGGUCAUCAGAACAGAUCCUGGAUUUAAAGCAUUUCAGUGGCUGGGGGAACAGAUCCAGAUUUUCCUGAACUACACUGUGGCUGGUUCCAGUUUUGUCUUCGGGGAGGAGCUGAUCCAAAAUGUCUUUGCUUUUCAGUCCUUACCAAUCAUCCUUUUCUUUGGAUGUGUGAUGUCCAUUCUGUAUUAUCUGGGCCUCGUGCAGUGGGUAAUUCAGAAGAUUACCUGGGUUUUGCAAAUCACCAUGGGAACCACUGCCACAGAGACCCUGGUUGUAGCAGGAAACAUCUUUGUGGGGAUGACAGAUGCACCUCUACUCAUCCGUCCCUACCUUGCAGACAUGACUCUUUCUGAAAUCCAUGCAGUGAUGACUGGAGGGUUUGCCACCAUUGCAGGCACUGUGUUGGGAGCCUUCAUAUCCUUUGGGAUUGAUGCAUCGUCCUUGAUUUCUGCCUCCGUGAUGGCUGCCCCUUGUGCUCUUGCCUUGUCUAAGCUGGUAUAUCCAGAAGUAGAAGAGUCCAAAUUCAAGAGUAAAGAGGGAGUGAAACUGCAUCGUGGGAAAGAGAAGAAUAUCUUGGAAGCUGCCAGUAAUGGAGCUACAGAUGCCAUAGCGCUUGUUGCUAAUGUAGCAGGAAAUUUGAUUGCCUUUUUGGCUGUUUUGGCAUUCAUCAAUGCUACUCUCUCCUGGCUGGGAGAACUGGUGAAUAUACAUGGGCUCACCUUCCAGGUCAUCUGUUCCUAUGUCCUAAGGCCCAUGGUUUUUAUGAUGGGUGUAGAGUGGGCAGACUGUCCAGUGGUGGCUGAAAUAGUGGGAAUCAAAUUCUUCAUAAACGAAUUUGUGGCCUAUCAGCAACUAUCUCAAUAUAAGAACAGACGUCUAUCUGGAAUAGAAGAAUGGAUGGAGGGAGAGAAACAGUGGAUUUCUGUGAGAGCUGAAAUCAUUACAACAUUUGCACUCUGUGGAUUUGCCAAUCUUAGUUCCAUAGGAAUCACACUGGGAGGCUUGACAUCACUAGCACCCCAACGGAAGAGUGACUUUUCUAAGGUUGUGGUCAGGGCCCUCUUCACAGGAGCCUGUGUAUCCCUUAUCAGUGCCUGUAUGGCAGGAAUCCUCUAUGUCCCCAGGGGAGCUGAAACUGACUGUCUCUCCUUCUUGAACACAAGUUUUGUCAACAGAACGUAUGAGACCUAUAUGUGUUGUAGAGAGCUCUUUCAGAGAUUUUACCUCAAACACCUAGAAAAGAAGCAUCUAAAUGCACCAUGUACUUCUCUGAAUGGCACCAACCUACCUUCUUUCUCGGGUCCCUGGGAAGACAAGGAAUUCAGUGCCAUGGCCCUUACUAACUGCUGUGAACUCUACACCAAUGCUGUCUGUGCCUAAGACAGCAGUCCAGUUUUAUAGUAAAACUGAUCUUAACAGUUUUUUUUCUUUUUUUUAUUGUGAAAAUACUGUACAGAGGGGUUACAAUUA